CCAUGGGGAACACCGCCUCGUGCUGCGUGUCGUCCAGCCCCAAGCUCCGCAGAAAUGCCCACUCGCGGCUGGAGUCCUGCCGGCCCGACGCCGACCUGAGCCGCGAGGACACGGGCUGCAACCUGCAGCACAUCAACGACCGGGAGAACAUCGACGAUUUGAACAUGGAUUUCAAUCCUUCAGACCAUCCUCGGGCCAGCACAGUAUUCCUCAGUAAAUCUCAGACGGACGUGAGAGAAAAACGCAAGAGUCUCUUCAUUAACCACCAUCCUCCAGGACAGAUAGCAAGGAAAUACAGCUCCUGCUCGACUAUUUUCCUAGAUGAUAGCACAGUCAGUCAACCAAACCUCAAGUAUACAAUUAAAUGUGUAGCUCUCGCAAUAUAUUACCACAUCAAAAACAGGGACCCAGAUGGAAGGAUGCUCUUGGAUAUUUUCGAUGAGAACCUUCACCCUCUUUAG